AUGGUUGCCACAGUUGCUUUGCUCGUCACUUCGCUUGGCCUCAUUCCCCAACCGAUUAUGGCCUCCUAUGGAUUCGCUAAUAACUGCGAAGUCCGCGGUGCUCGCCUCUCCGAGAGCUUCCUCGGCAUGUACUGCAACAACCACAACACAGCCGAGUACCUUUACAACUGGACUUGGAUUGAUCUCAACCUCUGUGUUAGCAACUAUGGAGGUCGUCUCAUUCCCAAGAAAGAUGGUGCCUUCUUCCGCUCUUGCAAGCCGUGCUCGGUCAAGCUCAAUGGCUCGGCCAGUGAUGACCAUGUCACACUGAACCUUGGCUGUAACUGCAAGGACGUCAAGGGCCAUACACCGGCCACCAUCCUUGACCUCAACACCCUCAUUGGCAAUGAUGACGGCGCCAUGACUUGCUACGAUCAUCGAGGCAACAAGACUUGGAUUGGUCCUGCCUGA